AUGUCAGAAUCAUUUAAAGUAGUCAAUUAUGAAAGAGAAUCUAAAUAAUCAUUUUAAGAGUUUUUAUAAAUGCAUCUUAAUGAACCAUCAGAUCCACAAUUAAGAUCACCAACUUAAGAAAAUAAUUAUAAUUCAAUAAAGUAAAUAGGAAUAAAAAAAACUAUAAAAAGAGAAGAAUCUGAACCCAGUUUUAGAAUUACAGAAUAACCUAUUGAAAAUAAUGAAAAAAAUCUUACCUCUAUGUAAUCAAAAAUUUAAUUACUCAUUACUGAAAAUUCAAAGUUAAUUGAAAUAAAUUCUGGCUUAAUGAGAGAAAUAGAGAUUAUGAAACAAAAUAAUUAAUCUAAUAGAACACUUUUAGUACAAGAAUCACAAUAAAAAUUAAUGAAUUAUUAAUAAAAAGUAGUUCAACUUACUUAAGCAAAUGAAUAAUUAAGUAGUAGAUUGAUUGAUGAAUAAUGUAAAAAUAAAAAGGAAAUAGAAUAGAAAUUCUAAUAAAUAUUAUAAGAAAACAAAAAUCUAAAUGAAAUGUUAUAAACACGAUUAAAUGACAUAGAUAUAUUAAACAAUUAACUGUUAGAAAAAAAUGAUUAAAUUGCAUUAAUAAAUGAAGAAAUUAAAGUUGUUAAUGAGUAAUAUCAUAUUUAUAUUAUAGAAAAUGUAUGGUAUUGGAAUAAUAAAAAUAAGUCUUAAUAGCUUAAUAGUAAUAAUAUGUAGAUACAAUAAAAGAAUUUUAAAUAAAGGAGCAAUCAUUUAUGUAAUAGCUUUAUUAGGAAUAGACUUCUUAUUAAUCUUGUAUAGCAAAUUUAGAAUAAAAUUAUAAUUUACAAAUAAGUGAAUUAAGAAACUCAUUUUUGGUAAUUAUUAUAUUUGAUAAUAGAAAGAAAUUGAGUAAUAAUAAGAAACAAUUGCAUAAUAAUACUAAAAUUAUUUUAAUUAACAAAUUAUUGCAUUUUAAUAACAAAUCAAAACGAUAUAAUUAGAGAAUACAUAAAUUAAGGAUGAAUUAACAGAGAGAUCUAAGAUUUGGUCUUAAGAAAAAGAGAGACUUGAAAAUUUCAUUAAAAAUAUUCAAUAAUAGCAAUUAUAAAAAUAACAUUCCUAGGAAUCUAUUUAACAAUAAGUAAAUAUCAAUUAAAUACAACAAAAUAUAAAUCAUAAUUAAAAACCUUAAUAAUAACUUAAUUAGCAAACUCAAAUCUUAGAUUAAUAAUAGCUCUCUUAACCUUAAAAUUAAUAGUAAGUUAAUUAAAUUUAAAAUUAAUAAUAAUUAACUUAAGAAUAGAUACUUUAAUAAAAACAAGAAUUAAAAAAAUAAUAAUAUUACUAAGAGAUAUUAUAAAUUUAGUAAUAAUAAUCUUAAUUACAAUAAUAAUAAUAAUAAUAAAAGAUAUUAUAAUAAUAAUAAUAAAAUUAAACUCAUCAUUAAUCAAGUAACUAUACUUUUAGAUAAAAUACUUAAGAGGAUUCAAGAGAAGUAAGUCCUGAAAAAGAUGAUAUAUUUGUAAAUUUCGAUUAAAAAGUAAGAUUGCAUACUGAAAGUUAUGGAGAUAGGUAUGAAAAAACAAUACCACAAAGAGUUCCUUUGAAUGCUAAGAAUUAUCGAGUUCCCUAAUUACAUACAAUUACAAGAUACGAUCAAAAGCAAUACAAUUUUGGAGUAAACUAGCCUUAGUACUAUUAAAAUUCUCAAUAAAGAUUUAUGAUUAAUAGGGAUCCUCAAUAUUAGAGAUCUCAUUCUCAAUAUUAAGAAAGAGAAGAUAAACCUAAGAGUUAGCAAUAUCAAAAUUAAAAUGAAGGGUAUUUAAUACCAAAAAGAUAUUGA